UUUCGUGUUGGAAUAAGUUUCCUCGCCCUCUUUUUGCGCCCUUUUUUGGGUCGGUUUCACCCGGUCUUCAUCCGCCGACUGUUUAAAAACCAACAAGGUAAGAGGAGGGGAGCUUUGUUGUUGUUUUAACGUGUGUUAGUGACGGUUUAAUUAAAUUUUUGCUGUCUUGAGUUGAGCACCUGCUGCUGCAGCUGCACCGGUGCAUGCAUGCACGGCGUGCAAACCGGCAGGCAGAGGGUUGGUUGUUUUGGAGUGACCAUGUGAUGUUGCUUACACUUGCAUCUGCUUUGAACCUGCAGAAACCGGCUCCGCACCCACUACUACAGAGACAAACAUGCCGCUGAAUUCAAGUUUGGCGAGUAAAAACUACGACUACGACUACGACUCCCUGCAACCGUAUUUCUACUAUGACAACGAGGAGGAGGAUUUCUACCCUCAGCAGCUUCAGCCUCCGGCACCGAGUGAAGACAUCUGGAAGAAAUUUGAGCUCCUGCCGACCCCUCCCCUCUCACCGAGCCGCCGGCCGUCCCUGUCAAGCCUCUUCCCCUCCACGGCGGAUCAGCUGGAGAUGGUGACCGAGUUCCUCGGCGACGACGUGGUCAACCAGAGCAUCAUCUGCGACGCAGACUACUCCCAGACCUUCCUCAAGUCCAUCAUCAUCCAGGACUGCAUGUGGAGCGGCUUCUCCGCCGCGGCUAAGCUGGAGAAGGUUGUGUCCGAGCGGCUCGCCUCUUUGCACGCAGCGAGGAAGGAGUCUGCAGCCGGCGAGUGCGCGGAGCCCGCCGGCGCAGGAGGUGCUGGAGCAUGGAGACUAAACAGCAGCUACCUGCAAGAUUUGAACACAUCCGCGUCGGAGUGCAUUGAUCCAUCUGUGGUUUUCCCCUACCCGAUAGCAGAGACGCCCAAACAGGGUGCAGCCACGCCGCCUAGUAAGGAUUUGGGAUUGGAUACUCCACCUAACAGCGGGAGCAGCAGCAGCAGUUGUAGUGACUCAGAAGAUGAAGAUGGAGAUGAUGAUGAGGAGGAGGAGGAUGAGGAAGAGGAAGAAGAGGAGGAGGACCAGGAGGAAGAGGAGGAGAUCGAUGUUGUGACAGUGGAGAAGAGGCAGGCGGUGAAACGGAGCGACCCCAGCCCGUCGGAGACCCGGCAUCCGAGCCCGCUCGUGCUGAAGAGAUGCCACGUCUCCACCCACCAGCACAAUUACGCCGCCCAUCCAUCCAUGAGGCACGAGCAGCCGGCUGUCAAGAGGCUGAAGCUGGAGAGUGGUGGGAGUGGAGGAGGCAGCGGUAACGGCGGUGGCGGUGGAGGAGGAGGAGGAGGUAGCCACAGCAGGGUCCUCAAACAGAUCAGCAGCAACCGCAAGUGUUCGAGUCCCCGGACGUCUGACACGGAGGACUACGACAAGAGACGGACUCAUAACGUGCUGGAGCGCCAGCGGAGGAACGAGCUCAAGCUGAGCUUCUUCGCCCUGCGGGACGAGAUCCCAGAGGUGGCCAACAACGAGAAGGCGGCCAAGGUGGUGAUCCUGAAGAAGGCUACAGAGUGCAUCUACAGCAUGCAGUCAGACGAACAGAGACUCCUCACGCUCAAAGAACAGCUGAGGAGGAAAAGUGAACUUUUAAAGCAGAGACUGUCACAGCUGCAGCACGUCUCACGCGCUUAAAGUUUGAAUCAUAAGACUUUUGUUUUUGUUUUUUUGUUUUUUAUGCAAGUUCAAGACUUCGGGUGUACAGUUGUUGUUGCAUGCAAAUGCAAAACGGAUUAAGUUGUUUGGAAUCUUGUUUGAUUUCAAUGUUAAAACUGCCUCAAUUUGAAGUUAUGGGUGGAUGAAAUAUUUAAAAGUUUAUUUUUAUUAAUAAAAUAUUAAACAAAAAAAAUAGGGCUUAAUCCUGUUGAGGGGCCCAAACUUAAAAUAUAAAUGUUUAUGUUUUGUAUAUAAUUAAUAUUUCCUAAGAAAAUGUAUUUUUGGAUCUCAAUUUGUCUGGAUGUUCAGACCCAGUGUUUGUUUGUUUUGUUUUUUUUUCCAUUAUGUUCCUAGAUUCUUUUUGAAAUAUAAAAAACAUGUUUCUUCUUGAA